UAUAUCGCAUUUGCGAUAAUAUCGUGAUAUGAUCAAGUGCAAUUUUCUAACCGCAAAGGCUGCGAUUAUACUCUGUUUACGUGACAUGCGCGAGUAAAACAUGUGAUAUGAUCAAACGAGAUUGUCUAACCACAGAGGCUGCACUCUGGUCACGUGACACGGGGAGCAAAGUUUUGAAACAGUCUACCGAGAGUGAACUAGCAAGCAAAGCUGUAGCCUACACAAUGGCCUCAGGUUCAACAGAACCAGAGCCUGCGGGGAUGCUAGUACCAAAGAGGAACUGCACAUCAGCCGUGUGGGAAUAUUUUGGGUUUAAAAGAGAUGAUGUCGCACAGAGUCAGGUACUGUGUAAAACCUGUCUUGGUAGAGUUUCUACAUCUUGGGGAAACACUACGAAUUUGUACCAGCACCUUAAGACUCAGCACAAAACAGAGUAUGAUAGAUGUAUGGCUAAAAAAAUCUAGUAGUGUGCAGAAUAAACCUAGUAACAUUACUCGGCAAGGAUCACUGACCGAACUGUUUGAAGGUGUUACGCCAUAUGAACGCACUUCAAAACGGCACGUGGAAAUCACCAAAGCAGUAACCCACUGCAUCGCGAAAGACAUGAUGCCCGUCAAUACGGUGACCAAGCCUGGGUUCAAUAAUUUGGUAACUACACUGGAUAAGAGGUACAGAAUGCCCUCCCGCACGUAUUUCAGUCAGACUGCAAUACCCGAGCUACAUAUGCAAUGUAGGCGGAGGGUUGCAGCGGAGUUAAAGGCUGUUGAGUUUUUUGCGGCGACAACAGACAUGUGGUCAAGCCGUACAGCAGAGCCCUAUCAAAAUCUGACGGUGCAUUACAUUACCGAAGACCUCCACCUCGAAGCUCGCAGCCUACAAACGGCCUACUUCCCCGAAGACCACACAGGGGAAAACACUGCUGCUGGCCUGAGAGAGGGGCUUGCGUGUUGGGAUCUCCCUGAAGACAACCUUGUCUGCAUAACGACGGACAACGCGUCAAAUAUGGUGAAAGCAGCACAGCUGAACGAAUGGACCAGGCUCCAGUGUUUCGGACACAGAUUACAUCUUGCUAUUGAAAAUGCAAUCAAAGAUGGUAGAGUAUCAAGAGCAAUUGGGCUGUGCAAGAAGUUGGUGGGGCACUUCUCGCACAGUUGGAAGAAAAAGGCAGCACUCACUGAGGCACAGAAGGAGCUUAAGCUUCCUGAGCACUCUCUCAUUACUGAGUGCCCUACAAGAUGGGGGUCCAAAGAGAAAAUGAUUGCCAGAGUGCUGGAACAGAUGAAAGCCAUAUCGCAGGUAUUAACAGGUGACCGACAUGCACGCUCCCUCAUCCCAACCUGGCAGGAUGCUGAAGAGUUGGAGUCCAUUCAUAAGGCACUGCAUCCUCUCUCCGAAUUUACUGAUGCUCUUUCUGGAGAAGAGUAUGUGAGCAUCUCCUACCUCAAGCCAGUUCUCCAUCUUCUGGCAACAUCAGUCUUGGCUGAAGAUGCUGAGGACACUGAUCUGACUAGAUCAAUUAAAACCAAGGUCCUGGCAUACCUCAACGACAAGUAUAGUGACCUCAACACCCAGGAGCUUUUGGAUGUUGCAUCGUUCAUGGACCCUAGGUUCAAAACGCAAUACAUCAGCGCAGACAACCUUCCUGCCAUUAAGGCCCGACUGAAGACAGAAAUGGUGGAAUCGGCUAGACGUACACAUAAUCAGGAGAAGAGGUCUCGCACUGAAACUGCUCAAAAUUCUCCAAGUGCACAGGCCUCUGGGGCAGGGCUCUAG